UGGCUGUACCGUGCUGGUUUGGAGAAGCGGAACAAGAACAGUCUGAUCAUGGACUUGCGGGACAUGAAGGUGCAGCACAUUCAGCAGGAGGAUGUGAAGACUGAGAUUCUGAAGCGGGUGGGGCAGAGGAGAGCGAGUGAGAUGGCCACGGCCGACAGCAGACAGUGGAGGAACAUCAAGGACCACGUGCACAACAUGAGCAGGCAGAUGAUAGAGGUCAAGGCCCUGUGUGACAGUGCGGAUGCGGAUGGGAUCAUUGAGAAGUAUUUUGAGGUGGAGGAACAGAACCAGGCGAGGAUGAGUCUCUUGUUGGAACAGGAGGCACAGAUGGACAAGCUCAAGAAGGAGAUCAAUGAGCUCCAAACUGGAGUACGUCGAAUGACAGUGACGGGCAAAGUGUGUGACCGCGACUCCUGUGACACCUCGGAGCAUACAGGGGCCGAGUCAUCCACCCUCGGGGAAAUGCAACCUCCUCGCAACCGACAAAUGCAGACACGGGCCCAAUCGGGGUUGGCGAUGGGUGGUGGUGGUCAUGGUGGUGGAUCUGGAAGUAUGGGCAGAAGGCGGUCCACCCAGAUCACUCUGGAGAAGAGGAGGGCCACUCUGAACAGCCAGAAGCAGGACCUCCGCAGGGUGUAUGACAAGAUCCAGCAGUGCCUGGAGACAGCCGGCGGAGUCAGCGACUGUCUCGCUAAUAGACUGGGUCCAGACAAGCAGAUCACAGAGAAGACUGUAUCGGACUGUCUGGCAAGGCUGAACGAGCGGGUGGAUGAACUGCUGAUGGUGAAGGCCUACUUCGACUACAGGAAAGCAAACGAACACAGGGCCCAUUACCAGCUCAAAGACCACGAGGACAGCGGGCCUCCAAUUACAAAUCCCUUCAUUGGCAACUUAGAAAAGAAACAGGCCAAACGGAUGAGUCAGAACAG